CAGCACUGGUGGGCACAGGUGGGUGGCACUGGUGGGCACAGGUGGGUGGGCACAGGUGGGUGGCACUACUGGGCACAUGUAGGUGGCACUUCUGGGCACAGGUAUGGUGGCACUGCAGAGUGGCACAGGUGGGUGCACUGCUGGGCCCAGGUGGGUGCACUGCUGGGCCCAGGUGGGUGCACUGCUGGGAAUGGCACUGCUGGGCUGCACUGGGGGUGGGCAGGUGGUGGGUGGGGCACAGGUGGGUUUAUUUUUUUGGGCACAGGUAGGUGGCACUUCUGGGCACAGUGUAGGUGGCACUGCAGAGUGGCACAGGUGGGUGCACUGCUGGGCACAGGUGGG